CCAACUGCCGCGGCUUCAGGCUUCGCGGGAGAAACUGGCGUACUGCCUGAUUCGGCCGUGGGUCCCGAAAGAGUUAAUGCCAAAGAGUCUACAGGCCGCAGAGCCUAGAAGGGUCCUGAGCGCCUCUUUGCCGGCGUUUGUCGCCGUCUCGCGGUCUGGAUCGUGAGACGUUAGGCAUCCGGGUGGUUCCUGCGUAGUCUUUGAGCGGCGGGCGGCCUGGUAAUAGGGGGUCCCGCCGGUAAGGGUCACCCCUUCGCGCUCUCGGUAAUCUUGGCUUUCCUGCAGCCCAGCCGGACGAGCCAUCGUCCCGGGGUUCGUCUCAGUCUCCUCGAGGAGGAGGCCGGCUUGUCUCGCUCAGGAUCAACGGCCUUGAGUAAUCUGUACCCUUUUCUGGGCCGCGCUUUCCUCACAACGAUUUUGUUUUUUCUUGUGAGGUAGGUUUUAACCUGUGAGAUAGGUUACAUUUAUAGUUCUCCAUGACAGAGAAAUUGAAAGCUAAGAAGUGACUUGCUCAGAGUCAUAUAAUUUACCAAUGGUAGCUUCUAGACUGGGAAUUUAGGCUCCCAGUUUUCCUUUUUCCACUGCAGCAUGCUUCUUGGAGAAUGGGAACCUUUUCAUCUCGUAUCUCCUGCAGUGUCUGGCGAGGUACAUAUUUACUGAAUCAUAUUUAAAGGAAUCUUGAUUAUUUCGGUUUGUUAAUGUUCCAGUUAUCAGUGUUUUCGUAGUGUCAGCCUCUACCAGUCAAGGGAUUAUUAAGUCUACUAGGUGUAGCCGGUGUUAGUCAGCAGGACAAUGCCUUUGAAUUGAGAAAUCUGGCAAAGGACCAAGGCGAUUUCAUGGCUAUCAGUAACACAGGGUAGGAAAAGGUAGGGCAUAAUCUGAAAGCUGCAGAAAGUCCAAGGAAAUGGAAGUUGAUUUUCGGUUGGGGAAAAUCAUAAAAGACCUUGAGAGAUUUGCCCGCAGCAGGGUGUGGGCAGAAGAAAAAGUAAGAGCAAAGCCUUGACAAGCUGGGAAGAGUACAGUGACAUCUUUAGUAUAUUUUUACUAAGUGUAAUUGGGCUACAUUUAGGGAAAGUUAGAAAAUAAGUUCAUGUGGAUCUAAGUGCUUUGAACGGAAGUGAAGAGAUUGCACUUAAUAAAGUACAUCCUGGAACAUCAUUUGAGGGUUUUUGACAGAUCUUCUUUCCAGGGCAGUUCAUCUAGAGCACUUAGAAUGGAAGAAAGUGGCAGUUUUUGUUACUUCCUAUGAAAUUGUAUAUCUGGAAUGAGAACCAUGAAAUUAAUCUAGAGUAGAACAUGGAAUGGAAUUGGGCAGCACCAGGAGGACCUGAAAGGAAUAUUUGAGGGAGCUGAGAUACAGAAGAGUUUGCCAACAGAAGGAUUUAUGGGAACAAUUGAUCAGAAACACCAGUAGAGAAACUUUUUGAAUUUCUACAAGCACUGGAAAAUUUGAGUCUUGGUUCAAAUUAAAUACAAUCCAUACUGAAGAGAAACCAAAUAAAGUCUCACAUAUAAAAUUGUGUUAUUUAAAACCCUAAUGUAAAUUUAGGAAAACAAAAGGAAAGAUCUUUUAAAAUUUUUUAUUUAUCAUAAAAUAUUUGUAAAACUUUUGGACUCACCUCUAAGAAUUGCUAAUAUUUCAAAUAUGGAACAAUUUCAGUGAAAAAACAAUAACACUUGAGAAUACACCAGACAUACACAAGGAAGAUCUGAAAGUGGAAGAGUGCCACUAACAAAUUAUUUACAUACUUAACAGAUUACCUUGGUUAACAAGUUAAAGCUAGUCCUUGAGAAUGCUAUAUUGAAUAUAUUAAAAGUUGGAUUUCAUUCAUAUGGACAACAGAAACUACUUUCUUCUUCAUGUAAAGAUACUAUACAACUGUUACCAAAUUCCAGUUCUCCAGACAGCCCAGUGUCAGGGUAGCUUGGAGUUUUUAUCUAGCUGUAUGGACUGCUGCCUGGCGAACAUUAAUACAGAGCAAUAUGAGCACCAUUUUCUUUUCUGGCAGUGAAAUAAAAUCGGGUCCUUUGGAAAGAGAAGCCUCACUGCAGCUCUGCUACACAGGAUUACUCUGUACUUGCCUUUGAUGCUUUCAUACUCCCAUCUUUACACAAGCACUGCUUUUAUUGAGAUUUUUCUCAUCUGGGUCUGUUCUUGUGGGCACAUCUUUCUUUGUGUCUUUUCCUGUGUUCACUUACAGAGAGUAUGCAGGUAUUCUUGUUCCCAACUGGUGCCGCUAUAUCUAUCAAGGGAGAGGAAGAGCAGGGGGGUUCUAAAAACUGAUCAUCACGUCUUGCAGGAGCAACAGCUAGAGAAGACUUUGCCAGGGGCAGUUUCUGAGUUCAUAAGACCUUUACCUCUAGACUAGCACUUUGGUCUUGAGCCUUAUCCUUUUUAGCCCAUUAUCCUUCAGUACAAAUGCCUGUGCCCUUGGGGCUCUGAGCUAGUUUGGGUUUUUUUUGGUUUUGUCUUUAAAUUUUUUUCCAAUUCAGUAAGGCUUUUCCUUUUUCUGUUGGUUGUUUGAACCCAAAUUCAGUAUGAAUAAGAGAGGGAAAUAUACAACAUUGAAUUUGGAGGAGAAAAUGAAGGUUCUCAGUAGGAUUGAAGCUGGACGAUCUCUUAAAAGUGUAAUGGAUGAAUUUGGAAUCAGUAAAUCAACAUUUUAUGACAUUAAAAAGAAUAAGAAAUUGAUUUUGGACUUUGUACUGAAGCAGGACAUGCCAUUAGUUGGGGCUGAGAAAAGAAAGAGGACAACAGGAGCCAAAUAUGGCGAUGUGGAUGAUGCAGUCUACAUGUGGUACCAACAGAAACGCUCAGCUGGUGUGCCUGUUAGAGGUGUGGAACUUCAGUCUGCUGCAGAGAGGUUUGCACAGUGUUUUGGGCGAACAGACUUCAAAGCUAGUACUGGUUGGCUUUUUCGAUUUCGAAAUAGGCAUGCAAUUGGGAACCGAAAAGUAUGUGCCGAACAAGUCCUAAGUUCAGUUUCAGAAAAUGUUGAGCCAUUUCGACAAAAACUGUCCAUGCUUAUCAAAGAGGAGAAACUGUGUCUAGCUCAGCUAUACAGUGGAGGUGAGACUGACCUCUUUUGGAAGUCAAUGCCAGAAAACACUCAGGCAAGCAGAAAAGAUAUCUGCCUGCCAGGGAGGAAAAUAAACAAAGAGUGCUUGUCUGCUCUUUUAUGUGCAAAUGCAGAUGGAACUCAUAAGUUAAAGUCUAUCAUUAUUGGAAAAUCAAAGCUGCCCAAAAGUGUAAAAGAAGACACAAGUACAUUACCUGUGAUAUAUAAACCUAGUAAAGAUGUUUGGUUCACCAGAGAAUUGUUUUCAGAAUGGUUCUUUCAAAAUUUUGUUCCUGAGGUCAGGCAUUUUCAGCUUAAUGUUCUAAGAUUCCAUGAAGAUGACGUCAGGGCCUUGUUACUUCUGGACAGUUCCCCAGUUCACCCUUCUGCUGAAUCGCUAAUAAGUGAAGAUGGUCGAAUAAAAUGCAUGUUCUUUCCCCAUAACACUUCAACCUUAAUUCAGCCAAUGAAUCAAGGCGUGAUCUUAAGCUGCAAACGACUUUAUAGGUGGAAGCAACUUGAAGAGAGUCUUGUAAUUUUUGAAGAAAGUGAUGAUGAGCAAGAUAAAGGGGAAAGGGGAGUUUCCAAGAUUAAAAUCUACAACAUAAAAAGUGCAAUUUUUAACUGGGCAAAGAGUUGGGAUGAAGUAAAACAAAUAACUAUAGCAAAUGCAUGGGAAAAUCUUCUUUACAAAAAGGAAUCUGAAUAUGAUCUUCAAGGAUUAGAAGAUGGGGAUUAUGGACAAAUUCUUGAGAAAUGUGGGGAGUUGGAAACCAAGCUGGAUGGUGAUAGUGUGUGGUUAAAUGGAGAUGAUGAACAGGGUAGUCCCCCAAAAUCAAAAGGUGGGAUUACAAAGAAACUUGUUCAGAAAGGAAAAGGGAUGGAGAAGCAGACUGCUGAAUUUAAGUUAUCUGCUGUAAGAAAGAGUUUGGACUACCUUCUUGACUUUGUUGAUGUCACACCUGAGUAUCAAAGGUUCCAUUUCACACUGAAAGAGAUGCAACAAGAAAUAAUCAAGAAACAGUUCCAGAGCAGAGUUCAUUCUAGAAUUGGUAGCUUUUUGAAACCUAGGCUUCAUAAUAUUAAGGAUUCCUUCAGUAUGCCUUCAACUUCUGGUUCUAGUAAUUAGAUUUUAUGCUUAAAGAUUUCUGCAGUUAUAUGAUGUAGACCUAUUGUGAACUGUCAUUGUUUUUAUCAGCUGACCUCAUUUUGCAUAUCAAUGCCCAUUUAUAUAUUAAUAAAAAUAUGAUUUGUAAACAAUAA